ACAGGCCCCGCCCAGCCCCUCUCGCGGGGCCGCGCGGGUUGUGAGGUGUCUGAGGUCGGCGCCUGCGCAGUUGCCCGCGGCGCGCGGGGCGGAGGCUUUAUAACCACUUCGUAGCGGCUGGUCUGCUUCUGUCUCUGGGAGGGCUGCCGAGGCGGCGGCGGCUACGGCCGGGGCGCCGGCUGGGGGGCGCUGAGGCGGGAGCUACGGCGGCGCUGGGCGCCCCUGGCUCCUUAGCCUCUGCCGGCCAUGGGCUCCGAGAAGGACUCCGAGUCGCCGCGCUCCACCUCGCUCCAUGCGGCCGCCCCCGACCCUAAGUGCCGCAGCGGUGGCCGGCGCCGGCGCCUCACCUUCCACAGCGUCUUCUCUGCCUCGGCCCGCGGCCGCCGCGCCCGGACCAAGCCUCAGGCCGAACCGCCGCCCCCGGCCGCGCCGCCGCCGCCCGCCCCGGCCCCAGUUGAAGCUCAGGCCCCGCCGAUGGAAGCUCUGCCCUCGGAGCCCGCUGCCGAGGCUGAGGCGGAGGCCGCGGCUGCCCGGCCCGAGGAGGACGAGGCGGCGGAGGGCGGCGGCGCGGAGGAGGUGGAGUGCCCGCUGUGCCUAGUGCGCCUACCGCCCGAGCGGGCCCCGCGCCUCCUCAGCUGCCCGCAUCGCUCGUGCCGGGACUGCCUCCGCCACUACCUGCGCCUGGAGAUCAGCGAGAGCCGCGUGCCCAUCAGCUGCCCCGAGUGCAGUGAGCGGCUCAACCCACACGACAUCCGUCUGCUGCUGGCCGACCCGCCGCUCAUGCACAAGUAUGAAGAGUUCAUGCUGCGCCGGUACCUGGCCUCGGACCCGGACUGCCGCUGGUGUCCGGCCCCUGACUGCGGCUAUGCUGUCAUUGCCUAUGGCUGCGCCAGCUGCCCAAAGCUGACCUGUGAGAGGGAGGGCUGCCAGACUGAGUUCUGCUACCACUGCAAGCAGAUAUGGCAUCCAAACCAGACCUGCGACAUGGCCCGUCAACAGAGGGCUCAGACAUUACGAGUUCGGACCAAGCACACUUCGGGUCUCAGUUACGGGCAAGAAUCUGGACCAGAUGACAUCAAGCCGUGCCCACGAUGCAGUGCUUACAUUAUCAAGAUGAACGACGGCAGCUGUAAUCACAUGACCUGUGCAGUGUGUGGCUGUGAGUUCUGCUGGCUCUGCAUGAAAGAGAUCUCUGACUUGCAUUACCUCAGUCCCUCUGGCUGUACAUUCUGGGGCAAGAAACCAUGGAGCCGCAAAAAGAAGAUUCUUUGGCAGUUGGGCACACUGAUUGGUGCUCCGGUGGGGAUCUCACUCAUCGCUGGCAUUGCCAUUCCCGCCAUGGUCAUUGGCAUCCCCGUGUACGUGGGGAGGAAGAUUCACAGCAGGUAUGAGGGAAGGAAAACCUCCAAGCACAAGAGGAAUUUGGCCAUUACAGGAGGAGUGACCUUGUCAGUCAUCGCAUCCCCAGUCAUCGCUGCUGUUAGCGUUGGUAUUGGUGUCCCCAUUAUGCUGGCGUAUGUUUAUGGGGUUGUGCCCAUUUCUCUCUGCCGUGGAGGUGGCUGUGGAGUUAGCACAGCCAAUGGAAAGGGGGUAAAAAUUGAAUUUGAUGAAGAUGAUGGUCCAAUCACAGUGGCAGAUGCCUGGCGAGCCCUCAAAAACCCCAGCAUUGGAGAAAGCAGCAUCGAGGGCCUGACUAGUGUGCUGAGCACCAGCGGAAGCCCUACAGACGGGCUCAGCGUCAUGCAGGGGCCCUACAGCGAAACAGCCAGCUUUGCUGCCCUUUCAGGGGGCACACUGAGUGGUGGCAUUCUCUCCAGUGGCAAGGGAAAAUACAGCCGGUUAGAAGUUCAGGCCGAUGUCCAAAAGGAAAUUUUCCCCAAAGACACAGCCAGCCUUGGUGCAAUUAGUGACAGCGCAAGCACGCGUGCUAUGGCCGGUUCCAUAAUCAGCUCCUACAACCCACAGGACAGAGAGUGCAACAAUAUGGAAAUCCAAGUGGACAUUGAAGCCAAACCAAGUCACUAUCAGUUGGUGAGUGGCAGCAGCACAGAGGACUCGCUCCAUGUCCAUGCUCAGGUGGCAGAGAAUGAAGAAGAGGGUAAUGGUGGCGGUGCUGGCGGUGGCAGUGGUGGCAGUGAAGACGAUCCCCCUUACAAACACCAAAGCUGUGAACAGAAAGACUGCCUGGCCAGCAAGGCUUGGGACAUCAGCCUGGCGCAGCCUGAAAGCAUCCGCAGUGACCUGGAGAGCUCUGACACACAGUCGGAUGAUGUGCCGGACAUCACCUCAGAUGAGUGUGGCUCACCCCGCCCCCACACUGCGGCCUGCCCCUCCACCCCCCGAGUCCACGGUGCACCGAGCCCAAGUGCCCACAAGAGCCUCGCUGCUCCAGCCGAGGGCCAGACUGUCUUGAAGCCAGAAGAGUAUGAAGUGGAGUGAAGGCCCCUGCUCUGAGAAGCACACUUGUUGUUUACCUGCUGCCUUGUGCAGUAAAGGACGGGGCGUCCAGACAGCAGCCACUGGGGAAGAUGAUCUCAGGCUCCACAGGCUACCUUGUAUUUCCUUGCACGCUGGCACAGGAAAUGCUGAUAAUGGACUUGGCAUCUCAGUAAGAAAGUGUCCCAGAGAUGUCCCUGUGCGACUAAAGGAACCUGUUGGGGGGAAAGGCAGACGAUCCCCACUCAAGAUUUGCAAUUCUUCUAAAGCCUCAUCAAAAAACACUUAACUUGGAUAAAAUCAAAGGCAGUCUGUCA